AACGCCUCCAUAUAAACACAUACCCAUCCAUCACCACACCAUCACAUUGGAUUACGCGCAGCUUUACUUUCGUCCAGAGCCAACUAGUGGCCCCAUACCGCAGCAGUAUCAACAGUACCAGAAGUACCAACAGUACCAGAAGUAUCAGAAUCAGCCGUACCAGCAGAAGUAUCAACAGUAUCAGCAGUUGCCACAACAUUACAACUACAACAACUACAACUACAAUCACAACUAUAAUAUCAGCAGUUCACGUUCCACACCGACCCAUUCGCCCGCACCCUCAUACACACAUCUUCAUCAACAUUCACAUCAUCAACAGCAUCAUUUACAGCAACAAGAACAACUCAUACAACAACAUCAAAUACAGCAAUUGCAUAAACUACAACAACUACAACAGCUGCAGCAGCAGCAGCAACAUCAACAACAGCAGCAGCACCUUCCGUGCAACUACUACUCGGCGCCGCCGCCGCCACCAACAAACCCCAGUUCGGACCAUCACACGCCGAGCCACCACAGCUCGACCUACAGCACUUACGGCUCUUACGGUUCUUACGGCGGCGCAUAUCUCGGCACAAGUGGCAGUGACAGCGGCGUAGGCGGUCUCACGCCCAUCGGACGGAACUAUCGUUGGUACCACUCGAGUGGCAGUGGUGGCAGCGGCAGUAUCAGCGGGAGCAUUGGCAGCAACUAUCUCACUGCUGGCUCCCUUAGCGCGACCUACGGACGCACCUCCCCAGCGGCAUCCAUUCAGGCGCGUCCUUUGCUCGCGUCCGCGACAUCGACUGCGCCCAGCAGCACUGGUGGUUGUGGCAGCGCAUACGGUCUGGGACUUGGCCUGGGACUCGGCCUCGAUCUCGACACCAGUGACUACGAAUACGAACGAGCGUCGCUACACUCUGGCGCUUACGCUUACAAAUCGUCGUCUUCGCGACGUGGCAGCAGCCUUGCUGCCGACUACUUGUUGGACGUUGCAGCACAUUGCAGCGUACCAUCGCCGGCACUCGAACUCGAACCGGAUACUGAUCUUGAACUCGAUCUCGACCUCGAUCUCGACGUGGGCGUCGGCGUCGGUGUUGACGUUAGCGACGUUGACGACGACAUUGGCCUCGACAUUGGCUUGGGCCUUAACGUCGAGGAUCUUGAAGAUCUUGAUAUCCCGGUGCCAGAACCGGAACCAGAAACAGAAGCGGACGUACACGACGAACUUGUACGCGCGCUCGAACUCGAACUCGAUUGGGGGCUCGAAUUCAACACCAACCUUAAUCUCGUCGAGCUCAACAACGCCGAUUACGUCGGAUACGACGACAUCGACAUCGACAUUGACACAGAAGCCGAGCCGAUACUCUCGCCUGUGCUCAAUCGAUCGUUACGUCCAUUUACCUAUCCGGCGGUUACUAUCACUGCACCGGAAAAUAGUAUUGCGAGCGGGUCACCAAUACCAGCGGCGACUCCGCCACCAACACCAACGGAUUUCCUCUAUCCACAGUUGUCCGUGCACAGCAACAAAACGUCACCACAACAGCAACCGCAGCAGCAACCGCCGCAGCAACAACAACAACAAUACCAGCACCAACCACAACACUACCACCGCCAGCAACAAACAACGACGACGCGUCUACCGCAGCACGACGACAGUUGCGAAGAGUUCAAUCACUUCACCGACGAUCCGACGUCGUGCGUCGGCCAAAAAAGAAUGAUGGUUAGCCGACUGUGGAACAGUUGCUUCCCCAAAUUCACGCCGGAGCAUGUGCACCGGCACAAUUUUUACCUAUGCCAGUGGCAGCGCAACACUCAAGUGCGCAUCGUCUAUCUUUUCUACCGCUGGCUAACGGCAAUUACCUGCUUAGCGGCGCUUGUCUGCUCACUACUCGACAUCGGGCGCACCGAAGAGCAUUUCGAAAACCACUAUGCGAAGUGGUGGAUCUACCUGACACAUUGGGGUCUGCUCUUUUGCACGGUGCAAGCAUGGCUAGCGGCGUGGAUUGUUACGCAGGGCAUGAUGGUUGAACGUGAAGACUUUGAGGUUGUGCGUCAAGCGCGAAAGAGUCGCCUACAUCACAUAUACUGGGUGCUAUACACAUGUGCGACUGUGUAUUCGUUCAUCAUCACGAUGGUUUAUUGGUUGCUGGUGCAUGACCCAGAAAUUCACAAAAUAGACGCUUUAAAUAUAAUGGUGCAUGUGUUCAAUUCGGUGAUUAUGCUAAUCGAUUUAGCUAUUGUCGGACAUCCGAUCAAAUUGAGUCAUGUCUACUUUACGACCGGCAUCGGCUUGGCCUAUGGCAUAUUUACGGGCAUUUAUUUCUUGGCUGGUGGCACCGAUAGAAAAAACAAUGUCUACAUCUAUCCCAUGCUGGAUUGGACCAAACCGGGCAAGGCCAUCAUUGUCACGGUGUGUGCCAUCAUAUUCGUCUUUGUGGUGCACUUCUGUUGCUAUCUCCUCUACCGUACGCGCGUCUGGCUCUUCACUAAGCUCUGCAUACGUGGCGCGCACAACCGCGAUGGCGACAUGGGCGAAGGGCUGCACGACGAAUCGACGGCGCGUCUAGGUGGCGGCACUUCACAGGAGUAUUCACAUCAGCAACAGUAUCCGAUACUGCAUUCGGAGCAACCGCGCACCUCCACACACCACCACCAUCAGCAUACGCAGCGUCAGCAACACCAACAGCAACAGCAACAGCAACAGCAGCAGCAUCCUCAAAGUCAGUCUGGCGGAAAUGUACAAACUGUAGACAUGAUGAGCGGCGGUGGCGGUGGUGUCAGCGCCACGCAACAUACAACGCCGUCUUAUUAUCCGCAAUACUCUGGGUACCAGCAACAGCCGGUGGUGGCGGGUGUCAAUGUUGGUGUACUCAGCGCUGGUGGCUACUAUCAAUCGGAAAAUAAUAAUAAAAAUAAACAGCAGCAACAACAACAACAGCAGCAACAGCAGCAGUCGCAGCAACAACAAAAACAUUCCUCAACAACAACUGCCGCAUCCGGUUUAACUCGCACCGUGGCCCAUUUAGAUGCGGCACAGCGUGAACAAUUCCUAAAUCCAAACAAGAUUGUGGAAUAUAAAAUGUAAAGGCGUUGUACCCGGCACCGAUAUACGUUCCACUUGUCCAUGAAAUUCUUGGAGAAACACUGUGACCAAUGUCAGGCGGCCAAGCGACGCGCCGAUGCGGAAGUGCAUGCCAAAGCGCAGGCACAAGCGGCGGCGGAAGCGGCAGCCGAGGCGGCAGAAAUAGCAGCGGCCGCAGCAUUAGAAGCAGCUGCCAAAGUCAAAUCAGAAUGCGCGAAAUGUUGUUGAGCGCUGAAUGCGCGAGGCAAAAGUUGAAUCGGUGCAGCAUUCGAUGAAAGCAGCCCGAUUGGUCAGUGUUGGCAGCGCUGGCUGGCGUCACAGUGUAAGCGACGUUAUAAUGAGCUCUCGUUGUUGUUGUUUAGGAUUAAUUUUAAGGGGUUGGCGGACAGAGUGGUUGAACGAUCGGUGGCUUCGUUAUGUUGGUGUCGGGUAUAGACGUUGGUUUGCCUGGCAGAUGGUACAAGCGAACAUAGGCGCUAAGCUUGAAAUUGAAAAA